AUGUUGGAUCAUUUAGUUGGAAAGCCUUCUCCAAACUUCAAGAGAACACAAAUCAUACUUACUUUAUUCUUUGGUUGGUACCUUGUCAUACAUGGAAAGACAGAGAAAUUACCUGGCUUUAUUCAAACACUGAAUAAAAAAGCAGGUCAUUCCCCUUGGCGAGUAGCUCUUGCUUCUUGGUUAACCUAUUAUCUCUCUCAAAACGUUUUUCUUUUACUUGGAUUAAACGCACCGGAUCCUCUUUCUCGACUGUACAAACGUAGUUUUUAUCGUGCCACAUGGAUCUUGACAGCUUUAGAUGCUGGUUUCUUUACUGCCAUGCCUUUCAAACCUGCUUGGAUUCGACAUAUUUUAUCCCUUGUGUUUAGUAUGUAUUACCUCGUAUUUGCCGAUGCAGCCGAAGAAAAAGUACGCAAGACACGGUCUACUAUCUCAAUUGAACAGAUGCGUAAUUCUUGGGAAAAAGUAGCCCAUAAUCCCAUCUUGGGAUUUGUUUCGAGUUUGAUGCGUCCUCGAUUGAGUUUGGCAGACAUCAUCAUGGUCCAUCGACCUGACUUCCAUCAAGACUUGCCUCCUAUUGAAGUUUAUCGGUAUUAUUGCCUGAAUGAUGGUAAAUUGGCUGACCAUGAUACUAUUCUGUUGCAAUUCCCUGGGGGCGGGUUUGUAUCCAUGCCUCCUCCAUGUCAUGAAGAUGCCUUAUAUGCCUGGGCAAAACAGACAAGUAUGCCUGUCUUUAGUGUGAACUACAAAAAGGCGCCUGAAUAUCCUUACCCAUGGCCUAUUGAAGAAUGCUUUGAUCUUUAUGUGGCUAUUGUACAGACAAAAGGCAAAGUACUCGGUCUUUCGGGUGAUAAAGACAUUCGUAUCAUCUUGACUGGUGAUUCUGCUGGUGGCAAUAUCACAGCUGCAGUGACACUCAAGAUCUUAGCACAUAAUCAACAAUCAUCUUUACAGAACAAGACAGACCUGUUGCCUGUGCCUGCAGGCUUAGUCUUGAUUUAUCCUGCCUUGGAUUUUGAAAUGUCAUGUUGGAUGUCUCCUUCUCAACUAUCUCUGAUCCGUGCUGAAUCAAACACAAACCUGUUUCGGUCUAGUUCGCUUGACUCUCUCUGGCAAACCAAAGAUCAUUUAAGCCAUGCCAGUCCCUUGAGUGUUGUGCCUGAUUUAGAAAAGAAACAAAGCUUAUGGAGACGAGCCUUAGGUAUCAAACCCACUCGCAAACAAAGUGUGGCAGAUAGAGCACAUCCCAUUCGUACCAAGAUUCAAACAAAAGAAGCAUGGGCUUCAGCGCGUUUAGCCAUGACGAGUCGAAUGAGCUUCUUUAAUGAUCGAGUGAUCAGUCCAGAUUUGUUGCGAGCCAUGGCGAUUUUGUAUCUUGGUCCGCAUGCUUCUCCUGAUUUUGAAAGUGAUUAUCUAUUAUCGCCUGUACAUGCACCUGAAGAUUUGCUUGCUCAAUUCCCUAUGACUUACAUGAUAUGCGGUGAAAAAGAUCCUCUUGUAGAUGACACCGUCAUUUUUGCAGGUCGUAUUCGACAAGCAAGGAAGAAAUACCGCCAAGAUAACCCCUUUGAUAAAACCUACCUUAGCCAUGAUGGUGUUCGAGUCAAGUUCUUAGAAGGCAUCAGUCAUGCAUUUUUACAGAUGAUGCCCUUCUUACCUGAAGCACAUCAAGCCACACGCACCAUUGGUGACUGGGUCAAGGAAAUUGCUCAACACAACUCGCGUAGGCCAGAAGACCAUGUAGCUCAAAUCAUCACAACUGAAAAAGACAUGAUUCAUCGUAGAAAACAACAACUCAUCAAGGGUUUAUACUAA